AUGACGCCCACAUGUAUAAAAAUCCCCACUCAUGUGAUCCUCCACUCCCCCACUUUGAAACCCAAAGCAGCUUCUGCAGCGCACAGCCGUUACCAAAAAAGACGCGAUGAAGUCAAUCUCAAUCUCCGCAAUCCAACGGCCACGAUCUCUCCCUCCCCUUCCCCUUUCCCAAUCCUCGCGACGCCUCUGAUCAUGUUAGCCGCCGCCUCCUCCUCAACCACAUGGCUCCGAGCUCGCCGAAGCCGCUACCUCUUCCUCCUCAUCUGCUCUCCGAUUCUCAUCCCCUUUCUCUGCGCCACUUUCCCUUUCCUCUGCGCCGCCGAGCUCUGCCUCCGGCUCUGUCGCCGCCGCCGUAUAAAGACGGCUCACGGCGCCGACGAGGAGGUGGAGGAACGGCUGCGGCGAUGCGAAGAAGGACGCGGCGGCGAGAGAGAAGAGAUGGGGCUGCUGCAGAGGUAUUUGGAGGAUCAGUUGCUGCUCGUUGGAUCUGUGUAUGAUUGUGGGGAUGAUGAUGUUGAUGAUCGUUUGUAUCAUGAGAUUCAUGACUAUGAUAAUGAUUCCAAAACUACUCCUCUUUUGGCUUGA